UGCGGCGGGGAGGUCAAAGGUCAGAGGUAAAGAAGUCAUGGCGGCGCUGUGUCGGACCCGUGCUGUGGCAGCCGAGAGCCAUUUUCUGCGAGUGUUUCUCUUCUCCAGGCCCUUUCGGGGCGUAGGCACUGAGGGUGGAUCCGACAGUGGGAGUUCCACUGCCACGGAGCCUAAGACGCGCCUAGGCGGUUUCGCGAGCGCGUUGGAGCGGCAGUCGGAGCUUCUGCAGAAGGUGGAGCCCAGGCGGGUGAGAGAGAGUCGCAGGAACUACGCCAAUGACGCGGGCUCUCCAAAAAAUGUGGAAUCCUUCGCAUCUAUGCUGAGACGUUCUCCUCUUAUACAGAUGGGACCUGCAAAGGAUAAACUGGUCAUUGGACGGAUCUUUCAUAUUGUGGAGAAUGAUCUUUACAUAGAUUUUGGUGGAAAGUUUCAUUGUGUAUGUAGAAGACCAGAAGUGGAUGGAGAGAAUGGAGAAGGAAUUGAUGGCUCAAUCUGCUUGUGUCAGAGAAGGCUUCCUAGAGGAACUAACAAUAGAACUGGGUUGCAAAGGAUGGGUAGGAGAUACUACGUGCAGAAAAUGAGAGUGUUUCUGGCAUUAUCUCUGUGCUGACUCUCUAUCAUAACACACAAGAUUGACAGCUCUGAAAAUCGAAGGGUUUCAAAACAAGCAUGAUUGGCAGCUCUAAGGUAACUAGCACAUGCACUGAAUAUUAUUUGUACUUUUGUUUGACACUAAGGUGGAAUAAACAAGCUAAUUUCCCCGUCUUUGUUUCUAUUUCAGGUUGUGUGAUAUGUAGGGUCAGAUAAAGAGUGGAUGUUUCAAAAACUAAAGUUUUUAAGGUGUAUUGGUGGGGAAAAGAGAAAAUAAGAAUUUGAAUUAAGUGGGUCAUUUUAUUGCAGAUGACAUGGAACAUAUUUAAAAAGUAUGCAUGUUUUUAUAUAGGUUGGUGGUUUAAAAUCAUCCAGUUUUUCUUUAACAGAUCUCUUAAGUCCUUUUUAGGAUAGGAGAGCAUCUGUUAUAUUUAGCUUUUUAAUAGGAAACCUUAAAAUAUGUUCAAAUAUGAUCAAAUUAUAAAAUACGAUCUUAGAGAUGUUCUCAGUUCAUGAAACUCAUGUAAUUCAGACUGAAUAGCAUUAGAGGGGUUUUUUCUUGUUUGGAUACAUGCCAUAACAAAAUUCUUUUGGAUUGAUUUGUUCUAUUGGAUUGAUUGUUCAAUUGAAUUCUGUUUUAGUUGAUGUGCAAAAUGGAUUUGCUUUAUGUAGCAUAUUCACAUAUGUGUAGCUCUAUCAUUCCAGAGAUUGUCUAAAUUUACAUCUCUAGGAAGUUUGCCUCAUAUGCCUUCUCAGGACUGUAAAGGUCAAAAGUGAAUCUGGAAACUACUUUGGUGAUUGCCUGUUAAGGAAUGCAAGCAAUUAAGUGUUCUCACAAAAGCUUCGAAGGUAAUGUCUUAAUAGGACAGAGAGGAGAAAGAAUCAGGUCUGCACUCCUACAAUUGGUUCAGGCUGUAGUUGUAUUGACCUACAAGUGGAUUUUUUAAGAAUUAAAAGCUGUUUUAAAAGAAGGUCUGAGUUCUCUUUUUGUUUGUAGAAUUUUGUCUUAAUUUAGAUUGCUACUUGAUAACAUCUAGAGACUCAUAGGGACUUAGAAUUUCAGCACAUAUUUUGUGAUUUGUAAUUCAUUAUAAGAACAAUAAUAGCUAACAUUUGUUGAGUACUCUAUGCUAGGUACUUUGUUAAGAGGUUUGCAUGCAUUAUUUUCUUUAACCUUGUUAUUACUCUAAGGUACUGUUAGAAUUCUCAUUUAAAAACACUGAAGAAACUAAGGUUUAUAGAGAUAUUUUAAAUAACCUAGCCAGUGACAGCAGCUAGUAAGUAUGCAGAUGUGAGGUAAAGUAGCUUCUCUACAUUGUUAACCACUACUUUAUGCUACUUACUCAAAUUACACUUUCAGGGUAUGUGUUUAUAAGUGUGUGUGAGAUGUGUUAAUUUUAUCAGCAAAUAUUUAUUGAGUACCUUAAUCAUAGUGUGCUUAAUGCAGGUUUUAAAAACUGUAUGACAUCUUCAUCUUUAGGAGGAAAGAUAUAUACAUAUAGCACAGUAACACAGAGGAAUAUAUGAAUAAAUGACUAAAUGAAUGAUAUGGUCAAUCAUCUGGCUUCUUCAAAGGAGAAGCCAGAGAAAUGAAAGUUGAGAUGGUUUCAUAGACAAAAAAGUGCCUCCCAAAGAGAUGAAACUUUAGUUAGAAUACUGAAGGAUAGAGGGGGAGUGUUGGGAUGGAUAAUGAAAGGACACCUCUGGGGAAAAUGGCAUGAGGAGUGGCACAGAAUUGAGAAUAAGCUUUGUGUGACUGUUAUCUAUGUCUGUGUAACAAAUUACUUCAUAACUUAGUGGCUUAAAACAAUAAACAUGUAUUAUCUUACAUAAUUGCUGUGGGGCAGGAAUCCAGGAAUGCCUUAGCUAGAUGAUUCUGGCUCAAGGUCUCACAUGAAGUUCAGUCAAGAUAUUGGCCAGGGCUGUAAUCAUCUAAAGACUUGACUGGGGCUGGAAGAUUUGCUUCCAAGGUAGCUCACUCCUAUGUCUGGCAAGUUAGUGCUGGCUAUUGGCAGGAGUCCUUGGUUCCUUGGCACGUGAAUGUCACCAUUGAUGGGCUGCAUGAGUGCCCUCACAACAUAGCAGCUUCCCCCGUAGUAAGUGAUCAGAGAGAGAGAGAGAGCAAGGAGGAAGUGGUGAUAACUUUUAUGACCUAGUCACACAUUAUCACUUCUGCCAUAUUCUGUUGGCUAAAAGUGAGUCACAAAGCCCAGCCUAUACUCAAGAGAAAGGGAAUUGGGCUUUGCCUUUUAGAGGGAGGUGUACAGAAUUUGUGUAUGCAUUUUACGUAUUUUCUGUGUGUGAACAAAGCUUAACUUUUAAUACAAAAAUGUAACUAUAAAAACAUAAAAUAUAUGAGCAAGAUUUAAGAAAAUGGAAACAUCUUUCUCUCCUUGCUGUUUUCAAUGUUAAAAAUAUUUUCAUCACUAAUGUAUUAUUAGACACUACUUAAACGUAGAUUUUCUGUAUACUUUCAAGGUAACCUUUAUUUUUUUCUUUCCUACUGUGAUUCUAGGUAUCUAAAAUUCUUGUCUCCUUACUUAUCCAUACAUUGAGUCAACUGCUAGCAACUUUGAGCUAGUUCAGUAAACAUUUAUCAAGUGACUUCUCUUUGCUAGGCCCAGUGCCAGCUUUGGCUUUAAAAGUCCACACUGCUUCUCUUUGUCUCUAUGAAUUCAAAUCUGGCAAAAGCUCUUUUUUAAGCUGCUGACACUCCGUUUUCUUAGUUAUUUCUAUCUCAUGCAAGAGAGCCUUGCUAAUUUCAGACAAAUUUCAAAUUAUUUUUUAUUUUGGUUAAUUGAAUUACAGUCUAUCCAGCCACCUAGUCCAAAAAGCUGAGUCAGAAUAGGCUCAUUUCUCUUCAUUACAACCCUCCUCAUCCACUCAGUCACCAGCUUUCCUCUUAAUUAUCACUGAAAUCUGUCCUUUCCUCUGUCUCUACCAUUAGGGCUUUUCUCCAGCCAUGGAUAUCUUGUACCUUGUACCUGAAUUUGCCACAGUUUCUUUCUUUUCUUUUCUUUUUUUUUGAGAUGGAGUCUUGCUCUGUCGCCAGGCUGGAGUGUA